AACGAUGUUUCACUGAUUGUUGUUUCUGUACGAACCCCAUCGGUGACGCACACUGCAGAAACUUCUACAAGCAUGCUUGUCUCAUGGUAACGUUACAGAUAAUUCUGACAGUUUUAUUUGCGUUUAAUAUUUUUAAAUUGAUUCAUUCUUACGAAGACAUAAGUGGUUGUUGAAUGUUUAUUAUUAUCCGCGCUAUUAUACAUUCCGUCAUUUAACGUCGACAUGUGACGCUACAAAAUACAUGUAAACAACUGGUAAAUAUCAACUAAUGGGGACACAACACUCAUAAAUCUUUAUCGGCAGUUGGUUAGUGCUUAAUGUAAUAAGAAACCUUGUACGUCACUUUAGUAUAGUGUUUUAUUUCUUUGUGACUUGUAAGAUGUCUAAAGUUAAAUUAAAGAAACACGAUGACGUUGUUAAGACUAAUGGAUCAUUAAAGAAUACUGUCAAGAAAAAGAAGCACUCUGGAAAGAAGACUUUCUUUCCCUCCAAACCUCAGACUUCAAAAGAAACAAAACCUACAAAGAUGAGCAUCAUGCCACCAACAGAUGCACAAGAGUUUUCAUGUAACUGGAAGAAUUUGUUGCAGAUUCUUGCUGCAAAUCCUGAUAAUAAGCCUAAAAGCACCAAACAACCAAAAGAUGUGAAUGUUAAAGGGAAACAACCUCAGAAACCAGCAUCACAGUCAAAAGACUCUGAGAAACCAGUUAAACAUUUGAAUAAACCCACACAAAUUGCCAAACCUGCUGCAGAGAGGCACGGAAAAACCAGGAAAGAUGAAGAUCCAAGGAACGGAAAAGAUUCAACAGGACACAAACAGUACAAAGCAGAGAAAAGGAAAAGAAAGGAUGACAAUAAAGAUAAAGAGAGGCCAAUGAACAAGAAGAAGAAAGUAGAUGAGGUGGAAAAGAAAAGCACAGAGCCUGAUAUCUGGUUUGAUGAUGUUGAUCCCGAUGACAUCGAGGCUGCUGUGGGGUCCGAGGCUGCUGACAUCGUGCGCAAACGUAAUGGUAUGAUAAAGAGCGACACCGAGAGCACAGAGAAAGCACUCGUGAAGGAACACGGGUUCGAGGGGUUGACCCGUGCUGUUGCUAUAGAUUGUGAGAUGGUGGGCGUCGGUCCUGAUGGAGAGGAAAGCAUUCUAGCACGAGUUUCUAUUGUCAACCAUUUUGGCAAAUGCAUCUAUGAUAAAUACGUCAAACCCACAGAGAAGGUCACAGACUACAGGACAGCUGUUAGUGGCAUCAGACCGAAUGACAUAAAAAACGGUGAGGACAUCCGUACGGUACAGAAGGAAGUGGCUGAAAUUAUGAAUGGACGAAUUUUAGUUGGACACGCCAUACACAAUGAUUUAAAGAUUUUGUUGUUGGAUCAUCCGAAGAAGAUGAUCAGAGACACGCAGAAAUACAAACCGUUUAAGCAAAGGGUGAAGAGUGCACGUCCUGCAUUGAGAGUUUUAUGCAAAGAGAUUCUCAAUGUUCAAGUACAGAAGGGUGAACAUUCAUCAGUUCAAGAUGCUCAGGCUACCAUGAGGUUGUAUACUUUAGUAAAGAAGCAGUGGGAGGCGGAGCUUAAAGCCAGCAGAUCUUUGGGUAAAGAGCCAAAAAGUCCACGGAAACCCAAAGCCCCUGUAAAAAACAAGUGAUCUCAUGCAAAAAAAGAGACUUGUAAUCUUCACAUAUAUAAAUAUAUAUUUGUUAGAUGUCUU